AUGUAUUGUAAAUAAUCAAAAUCAUUUUUUGAUGACUUGAAAUCCGAAUAAAAAUUUUGGAAAAAACAAGUUUAAUCUAUUGAUGAGAAAAAGAUUGAAUUCUAAUGUUUACUUUAAAAAAAAAACUAUAAAACAGGAUUUUGGAUGAGCAAAAAUUAUGUGAUAUAUGAAUCUCAACUAAUAAAAAUCAAAGUAUUCAAGAAGUAUUAUAAUAGCCAAAAUCAAAGCAAUGUCACAUUGUUAAUCUCAAUUUGUCUAGAAUAUAAAAGGUGAAAUAUGAGAACAAGCUGGAAAAAGAAAUAUUUAAUAAAGUAUAUGAUUUUAGUAAUUCUUAGGAAAAAUAUGGGUUUAGAGUAAUAAGAAAUAAUCAAUAUAGAGAAUUCUAUAGUAGAUCGAAAGAACUAAAUUUGUAAUUAUGGAAUUAAUUACGAAAAGAAGCAUUUCUAUCUUCAUUUACAGAGUAUUAUGUACUGGAGAAAAUUAUAGGAAAAGGAAAUUUUGCAAAAGUUUAUUAAAGUUUGAACAAAGAAAAUUAAAAAUUAUAUGCAGUCAAAGUUUUUGAAAAAAAUAAAAUGAGGAGUUCAGAAACAGACAAAUAAGCACUUUUAAAAGAAAUAAGUAUUAUGCGUAAACUAAAUUAUAAUGGAGUGAUAAAAUUACAUGAAGUUUUUGAAGAUGAAAUAAAUAUUUAUUUUGUAUUAGAUUAUUUGGAAGGUGGAGAACUUUAUCAUCAUAUUAAGAAUAAUGAAAAGUUUCCUGAAAAAUUAGUUGCAAAAAUAAUAGCAACAAUUUUGAAAACAUUAGAUUAUUUAUAAAAGUAGAAUAUUUUACAUAGAGAUCUAAAGCCAGAAAAUAUGAUUUUGAGAAAUAAAGGAAUCUUAGAUGAUAUUGUGAUUACAGAUUUUGGUUUAGCUGAUUAUUAUUCAAUUAAAGGAAAUUAUCUAUUUUCCAGAUGUGGAACUCCUGGAUAUGUAGCACCUGAAGUAUUACAUGAUGAAACCUAUGAUUUUAAAAUUGAUAUUUUUAGUGUUGGAUGUUUAAUGUAUGUUCUAUUGGCAGGUAGGUCACCUUUUAAAGGGUAGAAGUAUGAUGAUAUUGUAUUGAAAAAUUAUCAUUGUUAAGUUGAUUAUAAAUCAAUUGAAAAUUAGAUUUCUAGUGAAGGAUAAUCUUUAUUGAAAUAACUCUUAAAUCCAAAUCCAUAAUAUCGACCUACUUCUCGUUUAGCAUUGAGACAUUUAUGGUUUGAGUAAAAUUUGAAUUAAAAUCGAUUUAAAGAAUUAAAUUAUUCUGUAAAAGAUCCAAAAGAUUUAACAAUAAAAUCUAGUUUAACUAAUAUACCUUUUUAAAAUGUAAAUGAAAUAAUUAAACCAAUAUUCGAAUCAAGAAAAAAUUAGCAAAAUAAACAAGUAAUUAUUAUUUUUAUAAAAUCAAAGGAAAUAAAAAAUUAGCCAACUGCAUAAUAUGAUGAUACCAAUUCUUUAAAGGAAUUAAAUGAUAGUGAAAAUGAUAUUGUUGAUGAUGAAGAUGUAUGUCCAUAAUCACAUUUUUUGCCACAAUAUUAAAUAAUUAGUAAGUUUAAAUUAAUAUUGGAUUCUCAAAAGUCUUUUCAUCUUAAUUCGCCAUAUAUAUAAGUAAAUUUAGUUUCAUUAUUAGAAUACAACUGGAAAUAUUUCAAUAUAGCUUGCAGAAGAUAAUUAAAAGAAAAAUAUUAAAUUAGAAAAUUUGCAAAUAAAGUAAUCUCUAAUUUGAACAAUCAGUCUUGAAUCUCAAUAUAUUUAGUAAUUAAAAUAUGAAUAAUAUAAAAAGAAAAAUAGUUUUUUUAUUAAAAUUCAACUUUAAUUAAUCGUAAUAAAAAUCUUUCUUUCCUUCCCUUUUUCUCCAUAAUAUUUCUUAAAGAAAUGUUAUAAUAUAAUAUAUCUAAGAUGUAGAAAUUGUAACUAAGAGAUUAUUAAGGAAGUCUUUAAAACAAACUUUUAUAUUAGAAACAUUUAAAUUAAAUAGUACUAAUAAGUAUUAAUUUAUUAAAUAUUUGACAGGGGAGAAGAUGAUGAUCAAAUUAAUAUUUGAGAAAAUAGAUGAUUCCAAAUUUAAUGAACUCCUCUAUAAUCUCAGAUAAAGUAAAAUAGAAGUUGUGAUUGUUAAUGAAUUCUAAAUUCCAUUAAUUCUAUUUAUUCAAAGAAAUGAUCAAGUUCUGAAACAAGGACUUGAAUCUUUUUUAAUUUAAGUUUGGUUAAUUAUGAAUGUUAAGGAACAAAAUAACUAAGUCCAUCCUUAAUUUAAGAUUAAGUGUUAAGAAAAAGGAGAGAAGAAAUAACUAAUAUAUCUCAAUAACCCCAUAUUGGAGAAUCAGUUCCAUAAAUCAAUUAAACAGAAUGAGAUAAAAAAACUUUGA